AAAACCAACAGCGGUGAUUGUUGCUUGGGAGGAGAGCUGCAGGGUUGCAUCUUUUAUUUUAUACUCCAGAGGUUUUCAUCAUGAACCUGUCAGAGCAGUUUUCAUUCCUCUUCAGCUGUAACGUCAGCCCAAGUGAGACGCCACAGCUCGACAUUAGUGUGACCAAAAGUGAACCGUUGACAAUUGCUGUCCCUGUGACUAUCUUCUACAGCAUCAUCUUCUUGUUUGGAGUCAUGUUUAAUGGUGUGAGUAUGUUAACUCUCCUCUUGGAUGCCCAUAUGAGAGUCAGCGCCAUUCGAUUCUACCUCCUCAGUCUGGUUACAUCAGAUAUUCUGCAGCUGCUUACCAUCCCAAUUACACUGUACCGGUAUUACUGGGAGAGUUAUCCAUGGCGUCUUGGCCAAGGAGUCUGCAAGGUCUACUUCAUGAUCCGCCAACUGUAUUGUGCUACCACAAGCUGGGUCAUCAUGACUUUCACUGCUGAACGAUACGCAGCUAUUUGCCACACCAUGUGGUCUGUGUCCAGCUUAAAGAAGUCUCGGCUGCCGUGCCUUGGAUUAGUGUGGAUCAUUUCCUUGGUCUCUGCAGUACCUUUUGCUCUGGUUUAUGACCAUGCACGGGCCUGCAUCCUUGACUACACUGCCGCCACUUAUGAAGACGCUUUCCAUGUCUCAACCAUGUGUGAAAUGGUGGAGCCAGACCCUGCACACAUCUACAAAGGGGCCCUACUCUUGAGAGCUGGAUUAUUUUUCUUGGUUCCACUGGUCUCCAUCUUUACACUCUACCUGCUCAUUCUGCUCUAUCUGAAGAGGAAUGGGCAUCAAAGAAGAAAUAUGGGUCUCACACGUCCUGUUCAAGGGGAAGGACGAGAUGUCCAGUGCCAUCAAAAUGGAAAGUUACUUUUAAGUGAAAGGAGAGCCCUUAAACUUAUGGGUGCAGUUGUGGUGGCCUUUUUUGUUUGCAAUUUCCCAGACAUUGCCUCGUCGCUGAUGCAGGUCUAUGUGAUCGUGUGGUCCGACACCGUCCAUUCCGUCUAUACAGUCCUGAAGUCCUACCUGGCUCUUCCACUGUGGUACAUCAACGGUGCUCUGGACCCUCUGCUCUUCUGUAUCUCCUCCCAUACGUUCCGUAGAGCGUGUUGGAGAACUCUGAGUAGGCUCAAGCCCCGCUGCUACUGGAAGCAUGAGAGAAUGUCUUGGAUGCAGCGGAAGAGGUCUGGUGAAGAAGGGAGUACAACAGCUAGAGAGAGAGAACUGACGUUAAAUGCCACAGAGAGAAAAUGA